AUGCAUUCAUUUGUUGAUGAAAAUAACAAUAGUAAACAAAAUUGGAGUCAAAAUUCAGAUUUAUCACAUGGAUCAAAUCUUUCAUCAACAACAAUUCAGUCAAUUCCAGUGGAGAAUAAUCAACUUGUCGAUAUUGACGCAACUGUCAAUGUUGUUGAACAACCGUUUAAGAAACCACGGUUAACUAAUCUGACCAGUCUAGAUUCAUCACCAUCUAAACGAGGUAGACCUAGUUUAUCAAAUAUUAUUCCAAUGAUUAAUAAUCAAACUGUUGCUUCACCAUUGGCUUCAUCGUCGUCUUCUUAUGCAAAUUCGUCAGUUACGGUAUGUCAAGAAGGUGUAGCAGCUGAUUGUGGAGGUGAGCAGCGUCUAACACGUACUGUUUUGCUGGAUGACGAAGAACCAGAAGAAGAAGAUGAUGAUGAAGAAGAGGAAGAUGACGACGAUGAAGAGGAGGAGGAUGAAGAUGAUGCUGGGACUGUACUUGGUGAUGCAGACAGUGAAUCUGUUGUUAGUGAAAUUAUAUCUCCUGUACUACAACAAGAGAAAGAGGCAAGAAAAAUUGAAGAUCGUAAACUACUUGCUUUGUUAGCGCAUUUUGAUGAAGAACAACUAAAUCGUUUUGAAACAUUUCGAAGGGCUACCUUUGCCAAAGCUGCAGUAAGACGUCUGGUACAAUCGGUCACCUCAUCUUCAGUUUCACAAAAUGUGGUUAUCGCUAUGGCUGGUUUAACUAAAGUUUUUAUUGGUGAGCUAGUUGAAGAAGCCUUAAGUUAUAAAGAACGAUUAGGUGAAAGUGGACCAUUAAAACCGAAACACAUAAGAGAAGCUCAUCGUAUAUUAUCCGAAGAGGGGAGAUGUUGUACAGAAGCUCCUGAAAAUCCUCUUUUAUAA